CAGCCUGUCAGCUGAGCUCAGUGUACCUACUCAACCCGCCAGCAGAGCGCGUCCCUGCGCCUCGCACUGAAAACGGGGGAUGCCUCCUUCCACCAGAGCACAAACCCACUCCCCGUUUUUCCGCGAAACUGUGACAAGGAAAAGCCCUGUUGUGUUUCUUUUGUAACACUGUCACAAAGCUCAUGCCCUGCGAGCUCUCUCCACCUCCUCCACCGGCGCACAGGACUCCUCCAGGAUGCUGAAGAACAAGCCCCACAUCGGGCACAAAGUGGCAGGCUGCUGGAUCUUCCUCUCGCUCUUUCAUAUAAACUUCUCUGCUGGCAGCUCAGGAAAAAGCUCACAGAGCCAAGAUGAUAAACAUGUCAUCCACAACAAUCAACUUGACCUGCGGGAGAUAGUGUUUGUCCUCCAGAGUCAAAGUAACGCCUUCCAUGAGAGGCAGGGAGAGAGAAGAAGAGCUGAUUUACUGAAGCAGGCUCACAGUCUCACAGAGAAAGUGCCGGCAGUUUUGUUUCUUCACUCUUUAUCAGUCAAUGAGGGGGAUUGGAGUAUUCUUCCUCUGCUGCCUUAUUUAUCACACUCCUUUGGGAAAAACUCAUCCUGGAUUGUGUUUCUUGAGGAGGAAACAAACGUGAAGAUGACUAAACUCGUUCAAGUCCUUGCAAAAUAUGACAAGAACAAAGAGUGGUUUCUUGGUAAGCCUCUCCAUGACGUAGAGUCGACCAUCAUCCAUCACUACGCCUUCGCAGAGAAUCCCUCUGUCUUUAAAUACCCAGACUUUGCUGCUGCCUGGGCCUUAAGCAUCCCGCUCGUCAUGCGGCUUGCAAAUAAAGUGAGAGAUGAGCCACUUAAAUCUGACUUCACCAUUGACCUGAAACAUGAGGUUGCCUUGUAUAUCUGGGACAAUGGGAACGGCCCACGUCUCACUGCUGUCCCUGAGCUGUGCACCGAGCCAGAGGACUCCCCUCAGACCAGCCACUGUGCCACCACUCUGAGCCGCCAGCCUCCACUGUGUGGGGAGCCUGUAAAUAAAGAAGAUAUAUUUGUUGCUGUGAAAACGUGUAGGAAGUUUCACAGUGAAAGAGUUCCAGUGAUAAAGAAGACCUGGGAGAAAGAUGCCUUACACUUAGAGUACUACAGUGACCAUGCUGAUCCUUUGAUACCAACCAUUGAUUUAGGAGUACCAAAUACAGAAAGAGGACACUGCGGGAAAACGUUCGCCAUCCUUCAAAGGUUUCUGAGCAGCUCUGUGCCAGACACCAAGUGGCUCAUUGUCGUGGAUGAUGACACACUGAUCAGUCUCUCCAGACUGCAGCUCUUGCUGAGCUGUUACGACCCCUCUGAACCCGUGUGUUUAGGAGAGAGGUACGGAUACGGCCUGAGCCAAGGAGGCUACAGCUACAUCACAGGAGGCGGGGGGAUGGUGUUCAGCAGGGAGGCAGUAGUCCGUCUUCUUGACAGCGGCUGUAAGUGCUACAGCAACGACGCUCCGGAUGACAUGGUACUGGGAAUGUGCCUCAACGCUCUGGGACUUCCUGUCACACACAGUCCACUCUUCCACCAGGCCCGCCCAGAGGACUAUGCCAGAGACUUCUUAGCUCACCAGGUGCCCAUUUCUUUCCACAAACACUGGAACAUCGACCCGGUCGCCGUUUUCAACAGAUGGCUGAAGGACGACGUGAUGGGACAAACUUCAGAUGGACUCAAAAAGAGCGCAAAGACAGAGUUAUAGGAUUUUUAAGCACAUGAUAGCCUGUAUGAUUAUGUAUGUAUGUAUGUAUGUACAGAGAGUGUGUUAGAAAGAGAGUGUGUGUGUGUGUAUUAGGAAGUCAACUGGAACUGAAAAAUUGUCCUCUGGAGCUGUAAAUGUUUUUGUAUUGUUGAUGUUGAGGACUGUGUGUGUGUGUCGGUCUGUGUGUGUGUGUGUGUGUGUGCGUGUGUCCAUGACUUAAAUUACAAGUGUUUUUUUGUUUUUGUUUUUUGACUGAGUUGCACGAUAAGGUUGCUGUUUUUGUGGAAUAUGGAUGUUAUAAUUGUAUAUUUAUAUCAUAUUAAUAAUCUAAACCUUACAAAGGGGAAUCUUCUUCUUUGGGAGGUACUGUAUCUUUCAAAAAGCAUCACUAAUGCUGUACAAUGCGCUCUAUUUUGACAUAAAAGUAUGAAUAUUUCAGAACA